AUGUCCCAAGUUGAGACCGUGUCCUCCUUCGUGGAGGGCGCUCCCCCAGGCGAGCUCGCAGAUGUCAUUGCAGAUAUCAAGUCGCUCACCGUAUCGGACCCCGAGAUCGUGUCCAGCCUCGAGCCGGCAUUUGAGAAGUACAACGAGGAGCAGUUCGUCACGGUGAAGCUGCCCGGUGGAAGCCAGCAGGUCAUUGUCAGCUCCCACAGCUCUCUCGGCGACGGCCAGUACUUUGACGUGGAGAGCUCCACGAGCUUCUCCUUUGACCACACCACACAGAAGGCGAGCAAUGUGCAGAGCUACGUUCUGGAGAGCGCCAACUCGGACUUGAUCAAGUCGACGUUGAAGAGCCUCGGCCCCUAUGUCCAGGAACACUUCCCCAACGCCGCGUACGGCGUCUACCCCACCGAGAACGAUUCCAAGGUGGCAGUCAUUAUUGUCUCGAACAAAUACUCUCCCAACAACUUCUGGAACGGCCGCUGGCGAUCCGUCUACAUCUUCGACCCCUCCUCCGAGGCCCUCGAGGGCUCCGUCAAGGUCGACGUGCACUACUACGAAGACGGCAACGUCCGGCUGCUCACGAGCCGGCCCAGCCAGGCGUCGGUCUCGUCGGGCACGGGCGCGGGCAUCGUCAAGGAGAUUGCGGCGUUGGAGAAGAAGUACCAGGAGGAGCUCAACAGGGGAUUCACGAACCUGAGCGAGGGCGCGUUCAAGGGCCUGCGACGACAGCUGCCCGUGACGAGGCAGAAGAUUGAGUGGGACAAGAUCACCUCGUACAGGCUGGGUCAGGAUAUUGGCGGCGGCCGGAAAUAG